CCGUUUCCGCUCCCCCGGCGGAUCGUGGGAGGCCAUUUUGGGUCCCUGUGGGGGCAGCCGCGAGUCCGAUUUGGCUCGGUCACGAGCACCCGGGCUGAAUCGGAAGCAGCUGCCUUCUGGGGCCGAGGCCUGGGUUUCCCGGCAGCUGGCCUGUUCCCGGGACCCCGGAAAAAAUACUGUUAAGUCUUGGAAAUAGCAGCUCCUUAUCAUGGCCAGCAGCCCUGAUGAAGAUCCAGGAGAGAACAGAAUUGUGUAUGUGAAAGGGGACCUUUUUGCAUGCCCCCAAACAGACUCAUUGGCCCACUGCAUCAGUGAGGAUUGUCGAAUGGGUGCUGGGAUAGCUGUUCUCUUCAAAAAGAAGUUUGGAGGGGUGCAGGAGCUUUUGAAUCAACAAAAGAAAUCUGGAGAAGUAGCAGUGCUAAAGAGAGAUGAAAGAUAUGUAUACUACCUGAUUACAAAGAAGAGGGCUUCUCACAAGCCAACUUAUGAAAACUUGCAAAAGAGUCUAGAGGCCAUGAAAACCCAUUGUCUGAAAAAUGGGGUGACUGACCUCUCCAUGCCUAGGAUUGGAUGUGGUCUUGAUCGGCUACAGUGGGAGAAAGUGUCUGCAAUGAUCGAAGAGGUGUUUGAGGGCACAGACAUCAGGAUUACUGUAUAUACUCUCUAAACAGAUGGACCUUGUGGAUAUGUCCAUGUCUCUCAUCUCACCCCCACCAAGCCCAGAGAACUGGGACAGAAGAUCUUAAAUUGAGCAGGGAAAAGUUUUAUUUGAAGUAGUCUCUCUCUUACACUGGCCAAAUUCCAGUUGCUGUUGUUUGGAUGGGCUUUGGAAGCUAGGGUGUUUCAAAUAUGUUGCUGUUUUACCAUGAGAAGUUGGGUGGUCUGUUAGACGGGGAAAUGCCAGGUAGAACCCCCCUUGGCCAGUAUCAUUGAUUUGUUCAGCUGGCCACUAAGCGGCAGCAUUGACUCUGCUUCUCUUUAAGGAGAGCACUUUCAGGGAGGAUGAAAGUUUCAAUUGGCUUGGCAUUUCUUUUUGUAUAUUUGCCCCCCCUGAAAUCAUGAUUUGUGCACUUGUUUAGUGUUGUCUUUGUGUUGCCAGAGCCAUUCUAGGACAGGUGAAUUAAGAUGUUUUUAAAAAAAAAAUUUGUAUAACUGAGCUUUAUGUUGUUGACAGGGGGAGUUCUGUUUAAUAAAGUGAAAAAAAAAAAG